UGCAACAUCAAUAACAAGUAGCAUUUUAUAUCGGAUCCACCGCACUCUGAACCACGAAAGCCAUGGGCCCACCUAGCCAAAUUUCAGAGGAUGUAUCGUAAUUUUGAAAUGUAUUUAACCGACGUAAUUACGCGGAUUAUCUGCUGGUGUAUCUGAAAGGAACGGGUUAGCGGCAGUAAGUGCGACGAGCUCAUUGUACAGAGCGCCGCAGACUGCGUUGCGUUGCAUAGCCUACAAGAAAUUGUGAUAAGAAUGGUGCAUCCGUAUAGCGAUAUUAAAACAUUCUGAAUUUUAAUAGCGUUCACUGGCGGUGGGUGUUGCCUCGGCCGAUUUCCAUGACGAGGCAAGCCGAGCGGGUACGAGAAUGCAAGACAGCGGGUCGUUAUGCGCAGGUGGAUGGCCACCUGAUGUGAAGGAGCCGCUGUCCCUUUCUCCGCGUUUUUGCCGCGUUGCUACACUGCGAGGCUGCGAUGGUAGCACCGAAGUCCGGAGUUAAGCUGUGAAGACGGCGAAAGGCGAGCCAUGCUGCCCGGGGUCGGCGUGUUUGGCACUAGCCUGACCGCGAGGGUGAUCAUCCCCCUCUUGAAGAAUGAAGGCUUCUCCGUGAAAGCUCUGUGGGGACGAACGCAAGAGGAAGCUGAGGAGCUAGCCAAGGAGAUGGAUGUGCCCUUUUACACCAACCGGAUCGACGACGUGCUGCUGCAUCAGGAUGUGGAUUUGGUGUGCAUUAACCUGCCGCCACCGCUUACUAGACAGAUUGCUGUCAAAACACUGGGUAUUGGGAAGAACGUGAUCUGCGACCGCACGGCGACCCCUCUGGACGCCUUCCGCAUGAUGUCGGCCGCCCAGUACUACCCCAAGCUGCUGAGCAUCAUGGGAAACGUGCUGCGCUUCUUGCCCGCGUUUGUGCGCAUGAAGGAGCUGCUAGAGGAGGGCUACAUCGGGGAGCUGCUGGUGUGCGAGGCUCAGGUCCAUGGCGGGAGCCUUCUGGGGAAGAAGUACAACUGGAGCUGUGACGACCUGAUGGGAGGCGGCGGCCUCCACUCCGUGGGCAGCUACAUCAUCGACCUUUUGACCUUCCUGACGGGCCGGCGCGCGGCCAAGGUGCACGGCUUCCUCAAGACCUUCGUCAAGCAGACGGACCACAUCCGGGGCAUCCGCCAGAUCACCAGCGACGACUUCUGCACCUUCCAGAUGGUUCUGGAGGGCGGCGCCUGCUGCACGGUCACGCUCAACUUCAACGUGCCCGGCGAGUUCCGCCAGGAGGUCAUCGUGGUGGGCACGGCCGGCCGGCUCACGGUCAACGGCACGGACCUGUACGGCCAGAAGAACAGCGGCGAGGGCGGCCGGCAGCUGCUGCUCAAGGACAGCACGCCGCUGGGCAACGCGUCGUUGCCGGACAAGGCGUUCAGCGACAUCCCCUCGCCCUACCUGACCGGCACCAUCUGCAUGGUGCAGGCGGUCCGGCAGGCCUUCCAGGACCAGGACGACCGGCGCACGUGGGACGGCCGGCCGCUGACCAUGGCGGCCACCUUCGAGGACUGCCUGUACGCGCUGUGCGUGGUGGACACCAUCAAGAAGUCCAACCAGUGCGGCGAGUGGCAGAACAUCGAGGUGAUGACCGAGGAGCCGGAGGUCAGCCCGGCGUACCUGAUCAGCGAGGCCAUGAGGCGGAGUCGCAUGUCCCUCUACUGUUAGCGCCGCUCGCCGCCGUUAGCGCGAGCGCCUUUUUUUUUGUUGUUGUUGGUUUUUUUACACAGGACUGCUGCUGUGCGCCUUCGUACUGGAAUGAGAGCGGCUCUCGAGCUCCCUCCGGUGGCACGGAGAGGCAUUGCGUCACUGCACUUGACUAAUGGAGGGAAAACUGUGGAUCAGUAAUGUCAGGGGAGGCUUUUUGCCAGAACAAUAAAAUGGAGGGCUUGCCCUUGUGCUGGACCACGGCGACGUCUGGAUUGCGUUCGUAUCACAGAGGAUACGCAUGUAGAGACUGAACAGACUGACUGACUGACAAACUACUGGGGAUUCUGUGCAAGGGACACACACAACCAUGGCAACAGUUUCCGUGGUUUUCUUCUUGUUCCUCAUCUGAGGUGAAUGUGCAAAAGAAGGGGGGGGGGGUGCUGUUGUCAACGUCUGUGUGUUCUCAGUGUUCCUGUGUGUGUGUGUGUGUGUGUGUGUGUGUGUGUGUGUGUGUGUGUGUGUGUGUGUGAGAGAGAGAGAGCGAGCGAGAGAGAUAGCGUGACCUUUGUCACCUUUAAAAAGGAAAAACCCUAAAAAUCAAUAGUUUGGCUGGUAGGGCUUUUAAUGGUAAACUGCCCCUCCAAUUAGAUAUGCAAUAAUCCUGUCUACACUGGCUUAACAUCAUGGCUAAUAGAUGAGAAUGCCUCCUUUUUGCUUGCCUCCUGUGUCAUUCAGGUCAAUGGACUGCAAACUGUAACCUGCAUCCAGCUUAGUGUUUCUAGCUGCGGUAGGCAUAUGUGUGUGGUUGUGUUUCUCAACGCUUUUCUACCAGUCCGUGGUUUUUAGCGACGCUUUUCAAACCAAUUGCAUUUGAGGCUUUGCUUGCUUGCACUACUAGCAUGCAUAAUGCUCGCUUAGCAGAUGUGUCCAAAGUCAAUCAGUAGUGGCCUCCAAGACAGCCCAGGGUUUCAGUACAGCAGAGAGCAAAGCCCGGAGCUGCCCUAUGCCUGACUAUGCUGUGUUCUCUAACUGCAUGGCUUGGACUGGUUAAAGGCAGACAGAACAAGAGGAUGUGCCUUUGAGAAAUUACGUUUCUUAGUUACUGUAAAUUAAUUGGGUAUGCCCCAAAUGAACGCCAUUUUGGACUGUGGUAGCAUUUACACUGGUUGAGUGUCAGAGGGCGUUGUCUAGGAAGCAAAGUGACCGAAAAGGAAACCGUUUUUAGUAAACAGUGAUACCAAAAUACAUUCUAUGGUAGAGAGGGGUGCGCGUAUGUGUAGACCUAUGUACUGUACCGCUUUAACAUCCCAAAUCUCUGAUCUUUUUUCUUUCAUAGAGAAGUCUUUGCGUAAAACCAGAUGUGAAUAUUCAGUCCUAGUGCAUGCUCCAUUUCAGAGUGCAAUCUUAGUGUUUGCUAUAGGUGUACACUCAGACCUACGAGCCAAAAGAUUGAUUUUAUUAUAAUAAUUAUUAUUGUUAUUAUUAUUAUUAUUAUUAUUAUUAUUAUUAUUAUUAUUUAAAGAAUUCAGUCAACCCAGUGUUGGGUUGUGUUAUGACCCAAUGACAUGCUAUGCCUCAUGACAUUGUUCCAACCCAGUGUUGGUCAUGUGGUAUCAUGACCUAACGACAUGCAAUGCCUCAUAAUCACAUUGUUCCAACACUGUGUCUCGUGUGUGUCUGUGGACACACCGUGUCAUAGCGACAUGCUGUGUGUGUGUGUGUGUGUUUUUUGUUGUCAUUGUUUUGUUGAUGUUCUUGUUUUGUUUAAAAAGAAGAAGAAAAAACUCACCUGCUGUACAGAACCAGAAAGAAAUGUUUUAUACUUGUUGAUUUCAGUAUAGAAGUAUUUAUUUUUUUUGGUCUGCAUGUUUUAUCACUGGAAAAGAAAAAACCUGAAAUGUCUGUAUGUGAGGAGGAAAAAGACACACAGACGUACAUACAGACAGACAGUUGGACGGUCAGGGAGGGAGAGGUGGGCGGGUGUAAAGCCUUAUUUGGGCAUAUACAGUACACCCCUUUGCUGUAUGCAGUACAUGCACUGUGACGUCCCUGUGAAGUAUGUCAUCAAGUCCUGCUUAUUCUGCCAUUAGAGAGCGAGUAGCCCACUGUGUUUGUGAAGAGGUUACACUGUAAGACACAAACCGUCCGCUGAACCUUCACCACCACCAGGUUAAAGCGUUCAGGGAGACGUGAGAAGGCCACCACACCAUUCUUCAAAUGUAACUGCAAUGUCAGUUUAGUUUACUUGUCUGAGGUGAUGUCGGGGAGUGUCACUUUCAGGUCAGACAUGCACUUGCUCGUUUUUGUGUUUUGGCCGGUCUGCUGUUCAGCUUUGCCUGGUCAGUGGCCCUCAAAUCGCAUACAAGGAUUGUUGAGUCAAAAACGUCACAGACCUCUAGAGGCUAGUUCGUAUCCCUACUCCGGAGGAAAUGACAGACAGGCGAUGACCGGCCAGUCAACUUCCUCUUCCUCCAGUGGCCCUGUUCACUGUGGGGAAAUAAAAAAAAAAAAGAAAUCCACUGCACAUGCUCAUUGUAGUCUCUCAGAGCAAUAUUAGCAGCCUGUCUAUGUAGACAAUGUAAAGGAUUGGCAUUGAGAACAGGAACUGAGACCUGUGAUUCGGAUAGUCUUUCAAACCUUCUUUUGAAAAGGUUGAACUUUAUAUGCCAAAUAUUCCCAAAUGUAAUUCUCUCAUCAGUAGUCAUGCUACUGUAUAUAUUCAACAGUCUAAGAGAAAACAAAUAAAUAGCUACUGCACCCAGAAUUGGUUGUUGAGAUAUUGACUGUUUUUUUUUUCGUUUUAGUUUGAGAGACGUUCAACAGAGGCAUCUAAGCUAAGGGUCUUGAAGCUCCAGACACAUUCAGUUCAAUUCCCUGAGGAACUCUGCCUUUCCUCUCAAUCUCCCAGAAUGCGUUUCUCUGAGGUGGUGAAGAUCACAGAAGCUGCUUUCAAUAAGGGCUGGCAUGUUUUUAUGGCUCCUGCUAUAAAUCUCCUGAUACACAUGAAAAAAAAAUGUUUCUUUUUUUGUUUUCAUCACUAAAAUAGACCACUGGAUGUUUUUUGUUUUACUGUAACAGGUGUGCUUGGUCACACCUGGUCUCUGGAUUGUUUUUCAUUUCUUGUAUUUGCUAAGUUUGAGUUCAUCCUUAAACUGUACCAUUUUGCAUUGAUUUAAUGCAGAGACUAAGUCAUCACACCAGCCCAUCUUGAGUGGCUGUGAAGCUGGAAGGAGAUUGUCUGAAGAAAUGUGUUCUCUGUAUGCUUUUUUAUUUAUUGAAGGUAUUAUUCUGACA